AUGCUACAAACCCAGGACAACAUGGAGAUCUUAAGUAAUUUGUCAUCUACAUUUCCUAUUUUCUCGUUGAGUGGUAUUCCUGGCCUAGACUCUGUCCAUAGCUGGAUCUCCAUUCCCUUCUGCUGUCUUUAUGUCAUUGCCCUCUCUGGGAACAGCAUGAUCCUAUUUGUUGUUAUUACCCAUCAGAGUCUCCAUGAGCCCAUGUACUAUUUCCUCUCCAUGCUGUCAGCCACGGACUUGGGCUUGACUGUUUCUACAAUGACAACAACAUUAGCUGUCCUCUGGUUUGAUGCAAGAGAAAUCAGUCUAGAUACCUGCAUUACCCAGAUGUUUUUCCUUCAUGGAUUUACCUUCAUAGAAUCUGGGGUAUUGGUGUCUAUGGCCUUUGACCGCUAUGUGGCUAUCUGUUACCCUCUAAGAUACACUACCAUUCUCACUAAUUCCAGAAUCAUUCAGAUGGGCCUCGUAAUAAUAAUGCGCACUGUAGUAUUAAUAGUGCCACUACUUUUGCUCCUUAAACCCCUCCAUUUCUGUAGAGAAAAUGUUCUUUCCCAUUCCUACUGUUACCAUCCAGAUGUGAUUAAAUUAGCAUGUUCAGAUACUUGGCCCAACAACAUCUGUGGAUUAAUUGAUCUCAGCCUGACCACAGGAGUAGAUACGCCAUGCAUUGUUCUGUCCUAUAUCUUGAUAAUUCGCUCUGUGCUCACCAUUGCCUCCUCUGAAGAACGACACAAAGUCUUUAGCACCUGCAUCUCCCACAUUGGAGCAGUGGCUAUUUUCUAUAUCCCCAUGAUGAGCUUGUCCUUAGUGCAUCGCUAUGGUCGAUCAGCCCCCAAAGUGGUUCAAUCGAUGAUGGCCAAUAUAUAUCUGCUUUUGCCCCCUGUGCUCAACCCCAUCAUCUAUAGUGUAAAAACAAAACAGAUUCGCAAGGCUAUACUCAAGCUUCUCUUUUCAAAAUAA